AUGCCCGCCGUCACUGCACCCGCCAAAGUUCUCGUCUCCGGCGCGAAUGGGUACAUCGCGAUGUGGGUCGUGCGCACGCUGCUCGAGAAGGGCUACAGCGUGCGCGGUACCGUGCGCUCGUCCGCGAAGGGCGCGUACCUGAGUAACUACUUCCGCUCAUACGGCGACAAGUUCGAACUCGCGAUCGUCGACGAUAUCACGAAGGAGGGCGCGUUCGAUGAAGCGGUCAAGGGCGUUGACGCGGUCGAGCACACGGCCUCGCCGUUCCACUUCAAGGCGGAUGAUCCUCAAGAGCUUAUCGGCCCCGCCGUGAACGGCACGCGCAGCAUCCUCAACAGCAUCCUGAAGAACGGCCACUCUGUCAAGCGCGUCGUCGUCACCAGCUCCGUUGCCGCCAUCCUCGAGUCGCGCCCCGGCCCGGUCGUCUUCACCGACAAGGACUGGAACCAGCAGUCCAUCGACGAGGUCGAGAAGCUUGGGAAGGGCGCAUCCGCGGCGGCGAAGUACCGCGCGUCGAAGACGCUCGCGGAGAAGGCCGCCUGGGAGCUGUACAACGCGAACAAGGGCAAGAUCCAGUGGGACCUCGUCACCAUCAACCCGCCGUUCGUCUUCGGGCCCGCGAUCCAUGAGGUCGACAAGGCCGCGGCGUUGAACACGUCCGCGCUCGACUGGUACAAGACCGUCGUGGAGGAGGACGCUGCCGGCAAGAGCGAGCAGGCGCUGACGACGCAGGCGAGCUGCUGGGUAGACGUCCGUGAUCUUGGGCAAGUCCACGAGCUCGCGCUGUCGAAGGAGGCCGCCUCCGAGAAGCGUGUCAUCGCGUCCGCAGGGCCCUUCACCUGGCAAGACUUCAUCGACGCCGCCAACAAGGUCAAGCCGAACGGCCUGCCUAAUCACCCCAAGCUGGCGAAGGGUGCUGUCAACACGCCGAAGCCGGACAAGAUCAACGUUAACUACGACACUACGACCGUCACGAAGGACCUUGGCUUCACCUUUAUGUCCAUGGAGCAGUCGACGAAGGAUACGCUCGAAGACAUCGAGAAGAGAGGAUGGUGA